AAACUUGGGUGGGAAAUUGUCCUUUGGCCUUAAGCAUAUUCGUUUCUCCACAAGAAGGCCUGAUUUUUAGUCCCGGGAGUGAAGGAUAGUCGGUAACCCACUAUCAAAAUUUCAUCUUUUUUAACUUCCCAAUUCAUAGCUUCAACAAGCUUAAUCAAACUUUUGCUCUAGGAUCUUGUGAUAAUGUUUGGUUAGGUUGCUUUUGGUUAUGUCUUGUGUAGAAGUGAGAAUAUUUGUAUCAAAACUUUAGCCAUGGUAUGUUAAUGAAGAGGAAAGGAUGUUGUGAGAUCAUAAGCAGCGGAGAAGUGGAUGAGGAAUGGUUUUGUAUGGCUUUCUAGAGAGGACAAUGUUUAGGAAAGUGGCAUGGAAAAAAUCUUCUGUGGGACAGGUUCAUGUUAGCGUGCUUGGCUUGUUCAACUUUCAUGUCAGGUAGAAAAUGGCAAUAAAACCAACUGUUGCCUUGAGGGCUAUGCUUGUAGGUGGGAUAGCUGCAUUUGCUAAAAUAGGGGGUGUAAUGAAAGCAGCCGGUGGUGCAAAGCUGGGGGCAGCAGCAACUGCCGUGUCAAUGGCAGCCGUGGCUGUGACACAAUCAAAAGAGGAUCAAAAGGAUGGUUCGAAGCCAUCUUCGAAGUGAUUUGUUUCUUUCUUUUGUCUUUCUGUUUGCAGUGAUCAUGUAGUCAGUACUGUUUGUAACAUAGGUUGAUGCUCCCGGGUUGUCAGGAACAGUUCAGCCAUGGUUUAUUUUGACUUUGACCAGAUGAGAAUGAUAAAAGGAUCAAACAACUUGAAAUAAAAGCAAUGACUUGAUUCUUAUUUAGUUAUGCAUGAAGGCCCUGAGCUUUCUGCUUAUGUAUAAAAAUUUCUAGAUUGGUGAGUAA